CAAAAUUGUUCGAUGUCAGCCAAUUGCAAGCCAUGAGGUGGACAAUAUCAAGCGAGAAACAAUUGUCAAUUGCUGAAAUGCUAGUAUUCAUCGAAUGACGGCGCAAGAGGACGACGCAUCACCUGAAGCAGUCAAUGCCAUUACGCAUCAAGACCUUUUCAUGCAGCAACAUUUACAACAACAAAUCGAACAAAUUGCGUCCAUCGCAAAUAUCAGCAUCGACAAAUGUCCAACAUCUGAAGUUGAUCCUGACCAUGAACGCCAGAUAAUCCAUGGCAAUUACAGUGACGAUGAAAUUAUAGAAUUAAUUACAGAGGACAUGCAACAAAUAUCUAUCAACGAAGAGUCUACAGCCACGGAAUCCGCCAACAAUCAAGCACCAACAUUGUUAACUUGUCUGCAAGAGAAAAGGCAACGGCCAUGCUUAACCUUUUUCAUAUUUUUGAUGCCGAAGAUAGUUUGGAUAAUGACAUUGUUGCUGCACUUACAGCACUUACAACCCUCCGUACCAAGCUUGUACAAGAAUUAUACAGCCAACAAUCCCGCUUGACGCGAUUUUUCUCUUCUUCCAAUAGAAAUUAACAUAUAAUAAAGGACAAAGCUGA